UGUCAUCUUUUUUUUUACGAUUUCAUAGCUUUGGCCUAUGGCACUUAUAAAUUUAAUGUUUCUUGAUUUAUGUGUUUUUUUUCAAUAAGUACAUGACUUGACUUAAAUCAGCAGUUAUUUUAUAGUAUUUAUAUUAUAUUCAAAGGUACCCCGGCUAACAGGGCUUUGGUGCAGCAGAUCCAAUGGAGCUGCAGGCAUUACUUGUAUUCGGUGGAGUGGGUGUAGUAGUCGUAGCCAUCGUUCUCCUCAUGGGACUCUUCUCUGCUUCUGGAACUAGCUAUGAAGAAGCAAUAGCCCAACAAAGAAAAGCUACGAGUGAAUUGUUAGCUCUGGCUGAUAAUAAGACUAAGAAUAAGAAGACGAGUAAAAAAGCUAAUAAAAAGAUAGCAAAAAAAGAAAAGAACAAGGAAUAUCCAACAGCUGUGACGGGAAGUGAUCAUGACAGUGAGGCCCCUGCUGAAAGUGGAUUAGAAGAUGAACCCACAGCAAAACCUCAUGUUGACUUUAAGCCACCACCAGUUGUUGUUGAAUUCCCCAAAGACACCCCUCCUACUAUUAAGAUUCGUAAACGUGGCAAGGAUUCUAAAGUAAAGCCAAUACUUGUAAAUAAAGAGGAUCCAAGUUGCGUUAGCGAUCUGAGCUCAGCGGAUACUUCAGCUCCUGUCACCAAUCAUUUUGAAGAAAUGCAACCUAAGGAUGAGUUCGAGUUAUUACACUCUUCACAAGUGGGGGAUAAAAUUGCCGACAUCAAACAAGAAUCUGUGGAAAAGAAGGAGAAGUCGAAACAAACAAAGGUCAUCGCCAAGGCACCGGUUAAAUCUGCUGAAGUCGCGAAGGAGGCGUCUCGUGAAGUCAGUAGUAGCAGUGAAGUACCAAAGGAACAACGAAAAGCUAAAAAGCCAGAGAAGAAAACGGUAGAAGAAGGACCGAGUGAGGAAGAAGCUGUGCCGCCACUGAACGCCCCGCAGCCCAGCGAGCUGACUACAGACAAAUUGUUGAAGCAAGCUAUGGUCUCCGCUCCCGCGCAGUCCCCGCCGUCCACAAAGAGCAAGAAGAAGAAAGCCGAGCCUAAUGUGCUCUCACUUAUUGCGAGUGACAGCGGCGGAGUGUCGGUGAGCGAAUUGGUUCGGGUCGUGAAGGAGGCCUCUCUUUCGCGCACAGAGAUCCAGAUUCUGACGGAUGCGCUGCUCAACAAGCAACACGACCCCUUGCCCGAACACUCCGAAUGGACCGAGGGUCCCAACGAUCCCAUGCAAAAGUUGAAGAAGCAACUGGCCGAUAAGGAGAAGGCCCUCGCCGAUGAGGUGGAAGCGUCUCAAGCGCUUCAUGCCAAGUUGAAGGAGCUCAGGGGCCUCCUGAAUGCCGAGCGCGGUCGGGCGACGAGCGCCAGUCGGGCGGCGGAGCAGACGAUGGCCGCUUCUCGGGCCGAGCUGCACACGCUGCAGACCAGGAUCCAGCGGCUCUUGGACGACAACCAUGCGCUUGCGCAGGAGAAACUGGUCCUUCAAGCACAAUUGGUCGAGGAGAACGAGGCGCAGGCGCAACGCGUCCAAAUGGAGAUGCACAUUCAGAGAUUGUCUGAGUCGGAGGCGGCUCUGCUGCAGCAGCUGUCGGUGCUGCAGGCGGAAGUCAGCGGUCGCGCGGUGGAGGCGGGGCAGGCCCGCUGCGAGGUGGCCGCCGCCAGGGACUCCGUGCUCAUGGCGCAGCAGCACGCCGCCGACCUGGCGCAUCAGCUGCAGGAAGCGAACCGCCUAUACUCGGAACUGGAGAAUCAAAGACAGUGCGCCGUCCACGCCGAGCAACUCGCCAGGGAUGAGCUGCGACAGGUUCAGCAGAGACUCACCGGUCUAACGGAACUACAGAGUGAACUACAGAAGACGAGCGCUCGGGCGCAGACGGCCGAGACCGCUCUGGACGAGUCGAAAGCGGCCUUCGAGAGUCAGAAGCAGCAGCUGAACCGAGAGCUGAAUUCCCUCCGCGAGCAACUCGCUGCGCGUGAAUCGGAAUUGGCCGAGGCGAAGCUGAUGAAAGCGGCGCCCGCGCACAACGGUCUGUCUCCCGCCGAAGACAUCGAGAAACUGAAGGCGAACGAGCUGGCCAAAGUGGAGAGCGCGGUGGAAGCUCUGAAGGCGGAGUUGUCUUCGGCGCGAGCCGACAACGAGGAGCAGCAGACGCAGCUCACCGAGCUGAGGCAGCAGCUCGAGCGACACCGGGAGAAAAACAACGAGUUGCGAACUAAAAACUGGAAAGUUAUGGAAGCCUUACAGAAUGCGGAGAGAUCUCUUCAGGCUAAAGCGCAGGCCCGAGGGACCUCUGAAGCGUCCAAAGUGCGAGAGUACGAGGAACUGACGGAAGUCCUGCGGUCGGCGUGUCCCAGCGCGGCACCUUCUCGAUCCGCGGGCUCCGACUGGAUCAGGGCGUUCGCGGACAACGUCGAGAAGCACCUCCGCGACGUGGAGUCCGAAAAGGUUUCGGCCGAAGUCUCGCUCGCCGAGAAGCUUUCCGAGAAGGAAAACGAAAAGAAGAAAGUCGAGAGUGAACUCUUAAAGAAACUUCAAGAAAAGGAGAACGAAAAGAGGGAACUGGAGAGCGAGCUCCGGAAGAAGCUGCUCGAUAAAGAAAACGAAAAGAAGAGACUGGAGAGCGAGAUGGAGACGAAAGCGAAUCGAGCGCCAGUCGACGACUCCAGAGUUGCGGAUCUCGUCGAGCAGAACCGACAGCUGCAAGCGUCCGUGGAGAAAUACAAGAGGGUGAUCCAAGUCACGGAGGGCGUGCUGAGCCAGCUGCAACGGAACGUGUCCGCGGAAGAGGCGCGAUGGGCCUCGCAGCUCGCCGAGCAGCAGAAGGAGCUGGACGAGCUCCGGCAGAGGACCGUGCUCCAGAUGCAGAAUAAAAUAGAGGAGUUGGAGAAGGCGGUAGCUAAAAAGAACACCAGUUUCGCCGACGCCGAGAGGCUGACGGAGGAAAAAUUGUUGUCGAAUUUCUCAAUGGGUGACGUCCGCAACGGUCCUCCGCAGGCAACCCUGGCUGAGAAAUAACGAAUACGUUCAAUAGGAUCGAGCCGUUCGGGAAGAUCCAGCGAAGGCAGAUAACGAUAUUCGCUGCCACUUCUUUUUCAUUAACUCUGAUCGGAGCGAGCUCUCGACGUCCCUCUGAUAAAACGGAAAGAUCGGUUCGGCUCCAAAGCUUGACAUUCGUGUGCGACCGUAUGUGCGGUGGUAAUGUUUUGUAUUAUAUUUAAUGUGUACAUAAAAUCCGUUUAUUUCUAAGGAAAACUAAUUUGCAAUAAAAUUCUCGAGGGUUCUGAGAGAUGAAACGAAAAUGAAUAAAAGGCGACGCGUCCGAAGAUAGGCUUACUAUUUUAAGUAGAUAAAGUUUUUUUAGUGCAAAUUAAUACAAAAGACAUUUUUUCCAGUUCGAUGUAUGUUUUUCCAGUACGGGAGCAAACGAUUUCAAAAUAUUGUCCGUUUUACGACGAAUUAUUAUUACGAUCGAAUUUAUGUUUACUUUUACUCCAUAUUUGAUGGAUGGAAAACUGUGAUUAUUAUUAAAUUUAUAUUGUGUUUUAACAGACUCGAUUCGAUAUAAAAAUUCCUAGUGAUUAAUGAGUGAACGGUCGACGCCAUAGACUGGUCAUUUAAAACAAAACUUGCUUUUUAACGCAAAACGCAAUUGGCGUGGUGUAAAGACUUGAUUUAUCAUUCGUAAAAUAGGGUUAGACGUUUUAAAUAGAACAUUUACUGUGUUAAAUCCUUAAUUAUAAUAUAUUAGUAUGCUUUUGUGUUUACGAAGCUACCUAACUAAUUUAUUUCGUGCUCUCGUUUCCUGCAAUAAUAAUGAUAUAAUAACAAAUUUACAUAAAAGAAAUUACAAUUUAUUACAUCGUUUGGACAAUUUUAGGAAGUGUUAUUUUAUUUAUAAAGAUUUAUUUAUUAGCUUUUGUACUAGAACAUAAUCAUUUUUCAGUGCCUUAGAAUAAGAUUUGACUUUGAUAUGCCGACUGUUUAUUUUCCACAAAUGAGAUAUUCGAUCGAUAAUGCAUGUUAACCAUAAGUUUUAGGGUGAUUUUUUUGUUUCAUUGAUUGUACUGAUAAAAUUAUUAUUUUCGGAAAAUAUCUAGAAUAAUUUGAUUAUUUAAAUUAAAUCCGAUUUUUCAUUGACCUUUGUACUGUUUGUUAUAUUCUGCGUGUCAAAUGUCCAAAAUAUUAAUAUACUUAAUAGACAUACUAUGUUAUUGAUAAGAACCGUUAUUAUAAAACUCGUAAUUUUAGAUGAAAAUAUAAUCAAAUAAAAUAUUUCUACAA